UUGAGCGAAAUUGCUAUUAUUUCAACGAGAUACACUGUACACGCAACAAUUACAACUCACAAACAAUAUAACGACAAUUAGAAUACUUAAAGGAAAUUGUUUAAGGGCUUGGUGAAUAAUAAUUUCAGGAUAGGUAACGUGGAGGUGUGUUUUGGUAUUUUGGUUUCUUUCCCCGCCCUCUCCGGAAAAGUCAGCAGUCGUUAUUAUUUUUUAAGGUGACGUGGAGUCGGUCCCCUUUUCAGCCCGAUUCAUGUGCCUUUUAAAAGUACGAUGCCUAUUUAGAUUGCUAGACAAGUCAACUUAUACAAUUGAAACUAACUGGACAAUGAACAUUGUUUGUCGGUGUUUAGACUAAUCAAAGUAGGACGUCACUUAGGGGGAAAGAAGACGAAUACUCUUGAAUCUUGGGCCUGGAAUCUGAGGAAUUCACCGGGCACACAGGAUUGCGGGGAUUAUGAUGGCUAAAUCCGAACAUCCAACCCAGCAAAGAGUCUUCAGGAUGAUUGUAUAUUGCGUCUGGGUCAUGUGUCUUGUACCACAGAUAGCAUGGGCUAAAGUGAACUACAAGCAAGGGGAUCCAGUAACCCUUUACGUCAACAAAGUUGGUCCUUACCAUAAUCCUCAGGAAACGUAUCAUUACUACACAUUGCCUGUCUGCAGGCCUAAAGAGGUGCACCACAAGUCCCUUAGUCUGGGAGAAGUGCUUGAUGGAGAUCGGAUGGCAGAGUCCCUGUAUGAAAUCAAAUUCAGAGAGAAUACAGAGAAAAAGACUCUCUGCGGGCUAACCCUAACAGAGAAAGAGGUAGACCAGCUCCGAGAAGCCAUAGAGGAGUUGUACUACUUUGAGUUUGUCCUAGAUGACAUUCCCAUCUGGGGCUUUGUGGGAUACAUGGAGGAGAGUGGCUUCCUGCCUCACAGUCAUAAGGUGGGUCUCUGGACACAUUUGGACUUCAACAUAGAGUACAAUGGCGACUCUGUGAUUUUCGCCAACGUCUCAGUGAAGGACUCCAAGCCCGUGCCCCUGGAAGAGGGAGGUGGCGGCGCUGGGCACGGGGCAGUGGGGUCGGCUAGCGGGCUGGCUCUGACAUUUACCUACAGCGUUCGCUGGUUCGAGAGCCCUCUGUCCCAUGCACGGCGAGCAGAGAGGCUGAGGGACCACUCGUUCUUCCCCAAGACCCUGGAAAUCCACUGGCUGUCCAUCAUCAACUCCCUGGUGUUGGUGGUGCUGCUGCUGGGAUUCGUCAUCAUCAUCCUCAUGAGGGUUCUCAAGAACGACUUUGCCAGGUAUAAUGUUGAGGAGGAGGGCGGCUGUGAUGAUCUGGACCAAGGGGAUAAUGGCUGGAAGAUAAUCCACACGGAUGUAUUCCGGUUCCCCCCUUAUAAGAGCCUGCUGUGCGCAGUAUUGGGAGUGGGGGCACAGUUUCUAACACUGGCCACAGGGAUCAUCGUCAUGGCGCUGCUGGGGAUGUUCAAUGUACAUCGUCAUGGUGCUAUCAACUCUGCUGCCAUCGUGCUGUACGCAUUGACGAGCUGUGUGUCAGGAUACUGCUCCUGUAGCUUCUAUACACAGAUACAUGGCCAGCGCUGGGUCUGGAAUAUCAUCCUCACCUCCUCGCUCUUCUCAGCUCCCCUGUUCCUAACCUGGAGUGUGGUGAACUCAGUGCACUGGUGGAGUGGCUCCACCCAGGCCCUGCCUGCUUCCACGGUGCUGCUGCUCCUGGGUGCCUGGGUCCUGGUGGGCUUCCCCCUAACAGUCAUCGGGGGCAUUGUGGGCAAGAACCGGGCAGGCAACUUCCAGGCGCCAUGUCGCACGCGCAACAUCGCCCGCCAGAUCCCAACACAGCCUUGGUACAAACACACAGCCGUCCACAUGGCCAUUGGGGGCUUCCUGCCUUUCAGUGCCAUAUCGGUGGAGCUGUACUACAUCUUUGCCACCGUGUGGGGCCGCGAACACUACACCCUGUACGGCAUCCUGCUCUGCGUGUUCGCCAUCCUCCUGUCGGUGGGCGCCUGCAUCUCCGUGGCACUUACCUACUUCCUGCUGUCGGGAGAGGACUACCGCUGGUGGUGGCGCAGCGUGCUGAGCACGGGCUCCACCGGCCUCUUCAUCUUCGUUUACUCCGUGUUUUACUACCGCAACCGUUCCAGUAUGAGCGGCCUGGUGCAGAGCGCCGAGUUCUUUGGUUAUUCUUUGCUCACAGCCCUGGUUUUCUCCCUGAUGCUGGGCACAGUCUCCUUCUGGGCUUCGCUGGCGUUCAUUCGCUACAUCUACCGCAGUCUCAAGAUGGAUUAAGGGGAGGAGAACAGACACCUGCGUAACGCAACGGCCCAGUUAGAAUGUCAGUCAGAGUGUGUCCUUCUUUCGUUUUGUUCUUGAGGUAGUCAGAUUUAAUUGGUGGGAACGAUGAGGGGAUCGGGGGGGGGAAUUCCUUGGGCCUUCCACUGGUGAACUGCGUGUUCCCUGGCAUUGAUUGUUUUCAUUUUGGAACUUGGCCUCCCAGCUCUGAGCCAGAUGGCGCGUUUUGCCCCGACGACUACGUUGGCUCAACCAAAGUUAUGACUGUAUGUUAAGCAUGUUGGGUAGGGUUCUGUGCUUUCAUGCGCAAAAGGUGACUGCUUUCGAUUGAACUGCUUUAUCCGCCUUCCCAAUGAAAUCUAUUUGAAGAGUGAACAUGUCUUAUGAAACAGAUGUAUCUUUCUGACCAGUGCAUCAGACUGCUUUGUUGACAACAUUACCAAGGGUUUGCAGAUUACUGUUUGUCUGGAGAAGGUAGCUCGUCACCGCUUUUACCCAUUCACAACACAGACCACAGUUCAUAAUCAGACUUCCUCAACAUGAAGAAAAGAAGCCAUUGCUUAGCCAACCACAUACAGGUCAUCGAUUGCCUCAACGUACUGAGGAAGGAUGCGUUUGGAAACGGGCCAGGUACAUGUUCUGUAUGAACAAGGAGAAUCCAGGGGCCUUCUAGAAAAUUAAUUUUAAAUAGACUCUGCUGUGAAGCUUCAAAAGGGACACAUGAAUGGAUCUGAUGGUGUAUCUAUUGGAUGAGCUGAAGGGUUUCUAAUAAAGGAUGAUCAGGUCCUGUGUGAAGGUUUGUUGGGCUGUAUGUGAAUGUGUGUGCCGGUGUGACGACACAGGCUUGAUGUUGUGUCAGGCAGAAGGAACAUUUAUGGAGUUAUGGUGAUGGGAGCAAUAUUGUGUACUAUAGUCACCAUCGACUGUGAUUUUGGUUUCUGAUGUAAAUAUACAAUCUUUUCAAUAAAGACGUGUUUUUAUUACAA